GCCGCUUGGUCCCUGCCGAUCAUGCAUAAGAUGAAGAACUUUAGGCGCCGCUUCUCCCUGUCCGUGCCCCGCACCGAGACCAUCGAGGAGUCCUUGACCGAGUUCACGGAGCAGUUCAACCAGCUCCACAACCUGUGCAAUGAGGGCCUGCAGCUUGGUCCUCUUGGCACAGACCCCCAGCCAGAGUCCAGCACCUUCUCCCCCACAGACAGUGGGGAGGAGCCCCCGCAGCCGUCCCCUGGCCUGCAGUACCGGCGGCAGAGCCAGCGCCGCUUCUCCAUGGAGGACAUCAGUAAGAGGUUCUCUCUGCCCGUGGACAUCCGCCUGCCCCAGGAAUUCCUGCAGAAGCUACAGCUGGAGAGCCCAGACCUGCCCAAGCCACUGAGCCGCAUGUCCCGCCGAGCAUCCCUGUCAGACAUCGGCUUUGGGAAACUGGAAACAUAUGUGAAACUGGACAAACUGGGGGAGGGCACCUAUGCCACAGUCUUCAAAGGGCGCAGCAAACUGACUGAAAACCUCGUAGCCCUGAAGGAGAUCCGGCUGGAGCAUGAAGAGGGGGCUCCCUGCACUGCCAUCCGCGAGGUGUCUCUGCUGAAGAACCUGAAGCACGCCAAUAUUGUCACCCUGCAUGACCUCAUUCAUACGGAGCGGUCUCUCACCCUGGUGUUUGAGUAUCUGGACAGUGACCUGAAGCAGUACCUGGACCACUGUGGAAACCUCAUGAGCAUGCACAAUGUCAAGAUUUUCAUGUUCCAGCUGCUCCGGGGCCUUGCCUACUGCCACCGCCGCAAGAUUCUGCACCGGGACCUAAAACCCCAGAACCUGCUCAUCAACGAGAGGGGGGAGCUGAAGCUAGCUGACUUUGGAUUGGCCCGGGCCAAGUCAGUGCCCACGAAGACCUACUCCAAUGAGGUGGUGACCCUGUGGUACAGGCCCCCCGAUGUGCUGCUGGGGUCCACAGAGUACUCCACCCCCAUUGAUAUGUGGGGCGUGGGCUGCAUUCACUACGAGAUGGCCACGGGGAGGCCCCUCUUCCCCGGCUCCACGGUCAAGGAGGAGCUGCACCUCAUCUUUCGACUCCUCGGGACCCCUACAGAAGAGACGUGGCCCGGAGUGAUGGCCUUGCCUGAGUUCCGCGUCUACAACUUCCCCCGGUACCUCCCGCAGCCGCUCAUCAGCCACGCUCCCAGGUUGGACUCUGAUGGCAUCAACCUCCUGACCAGCCUUCUCCUGUACGAAUCCAAGAGUCGCAUAUCCGCAGAGGCAGCCCUGAAUCACCCCUACUUCCGGUCUCUGGGAGAGCAGGUGCACCAGCUUGAAGACACUGCCUCCAUCUUCUCCCUGAAGGACAUCCAGCUCCAGAAGGACCCAGGCCACCGGGGCCUGGCCUUCCAGCAGCCAGGACGAGGGAAGAGCCGGCGACAGAGCAUCUUCUGAGCUGCUCCCACCCUACUGCGGCUGGAGGGAUAGAAGGUCACACUGAGCACAGCUGCAGGCAGGGUGGGCUUAUGCGACCCUUGGAAGACUGAGGGGCGGGGGCAGGAUGGCCCAGAAGACCUCUUGCAGCCCUGCUGGCCACAGCUGGGUCUUGUCCCUGCUUCCCACAUGUUCCCCCACGGACACCAACCCCUGCAUCACCUGCCCUGGGAGGAGGUGACGGGGGAAGGAGGGACCACAGACACUUUCCCAUCCCAAAGUCCUGCAGCAGCGUGGGACCCACAGGGACUGGAGAACCCAGCUGCCGGGUUGAGCACUAUGCCUUGGGCAUGCCCCGCCCCCAGAGGCCUGCUUGUCUCACGAGUUUGGUGGAACCCCUUAUGGACCCCUCCUUCACCUUCUCCCCCUCUGAGAGCAGGAAGUGACAUGGCACCUUUUCCAGGACCCUGGAAUCCUGGGUGCCAGUGUGUGUGCCAAAGCCCACGCCUACCCCCCCCAGCUGAGAGGCGGAUGUCCCCAGCGUGAGGGGAAAUAGUAGCCCCACCCCCACUUCCAAUCAUCAUCCUACCCCGUUCCCACUCCCCCCUCCUCGCCAGAGGCCCCAUAUGCUGCUGGAUGCUCCGCUGAGUCCGGAGGUGGCCUGGCACGGCCAGCUGCACUCCACCUCCGCCACCCCACCCGUCUCCCUAGUCCCUAGUGUGAAUGGGAUUGCCUUAAGCUGGUGGUUGGUAGAGCACUCACUGCCCUUGGAGCUCUGACCCAAGCUCCUGCCUGUCCACGCUUCCCAAGAGCAGCUCCUGCUUAUCACACCUGAGUGCUGAUAAGCCAGCCCUGGGCCAGGGUCCUGAGGGCAGCACCCAGAUAUGCAGAGUCACCCCAACAGUGGUGCCAGGCUGGCCUUGGCUCCUUGGGGCUGGCACAGCCUCCCUGUCCCCUCCUUCCCAGCCCCUGUGGCCCUGUCCUUGCUCCACCUGAUCCUGGCACCAGCCUUCCCAAAAGGUCAGCUUGAGGUAGAGGACACUGGGCUGAGACAGGACAGGCUUUGAUCCUGAGAGCCCUGCCCCAGGGGGCUAGAAGUAGGAGGGGCCUUGGCCCCUGCAGAAGGUGUUCCUCAGCACCCUUCCAGAGCAUGCCUGCUGUGUCCCCAAGGACAGCUCAACACUUGGCUGAAUCUUGAACAGCAAGGCCAAGGGGAGGCCAGGCCCACCUCCCUACACCAGCCCCUGCCCAGCCCAACCCUCUCCCCCUGAGGAGCAGCCCUGGAGGGUCCCUGCCUCCCUCAGAGUCCCUCCACUCAUCGCCCAUAGUACUGUGAAUGGCCUGGGACUCACCACAAAGAUAGAUGACGUAUUUAAUUCAUGUACAGAACGGAGCCGCAUGCUCAUGCAGAAAAGCUGAAUUUGACAGAAUGAUGCCAAA